AUGGCUCUCAGUACAUAUCAUCAACCAGCAGAUACACCUCUCCCCGUCAAGGAGCAAAGCAUGACAACAGCUGAUACUGAGUCAUUGAGCAGUUCAACUGCCCCAGAAGAUGGGUCGCAAUACCCUAGAAAGCUUAAGCUGUUUGCCAUCGUCUCAAGCUUGAAUCUAGCCAUGUUCCUGAUCGGACUGGACAACACCAUCAUUUCGACCGCCAUUCCCAAGAUUACCGAUCGCUUUCACGCCCUUGAUGAUGUAGGCUGGAGAAUGGUCAGUGAACGCAAAAUUGUCUCUGAUCUGCUCGCAUUUGGUGUUAUUGACGGAUGCCUUGCGAACGACAAUGUUACAACGGUAACCUACACGCCCAUUACCGAGGCAUGGGCCGGUCUGGGAACCAACCUGACUGUGACCUUCGAUAUCGUGAGCGACGACUAUCUCUCCCUUUACACCAACAGCUCCCUGGAGAAGCGGACUGCGAACGCAGGUCUCGAGAUCUACGAGGAUAUUGCCGCUAUGAUCAAGAGCAAAUCUAAUCAGAACUCAUGCUCCCUGGUGUAUGGCACCGACUCUGACGGCACCUACGUUGAAGGUUAUGCUUACGAGGCCACGACUAGUGGCGAGAACUGCGACACGACAGCGGAGAAGAAGACUAUCAUUGCGGCAGUGGAGAAGUGUGCUAACAAACUGAAUGGCCAGGGCGCGAUUCGGGGCUGCUGCACCAUGAACCACGGCGGUACAUGGACGGGACACCUGCGUUUGACUGCUAGUCCAUCACUUUACCCAGCGCACACAGUCACCUAUUAA